CGACUAAACCAGAUUAACUGAAAGUAUCAACAAUAAAGUCAACAUAUUUAAGAGGUAUAUAGAUCCGAUCUUUUCGUUAAGAAUAGGAUUUAAGAGUGCUGAUAGAGAAAUACAGACAAUAAAACUAUCAACAUCAGAAGACCCCAACUCCUCCCCCUCAUUUUUACUUUAAUUAUUAUAGUCAUUCUUUUUAAUCAACCGUCGAAAUGAAGAUAUCCGAUAAGUUAAAUCAAGCUCAUUCAUCACCUAAUCCUCCUCCUGCUACGUUCUCAUUCGAGUUCUUUGUUCCUAAGACAUCGCAGGGGGUUCAAAAUCUUUAUGAUAGAAUGGAUAGAAUGUAUGAUUUAAAUCCAAUCUUUAUUGAUAUCACUUGGAAUGCAGGUGGUAGAUCAUCUUCUUUAACCAAUGAAAUGGUCUAUACUGCUCAAUCAACUCUAGGUUUGGAAACUUGUAUGCAUUUAACUUGUACCAAUAUGAAAGUUGAAUUGAUUGAUGAAGCUUUAGAAAAGGCUUAUAAAUCAGGUUGUCAGAAUAUAUUAGCUUUGAGAGGUGAUCCUCCAUUAGAUGGAAGUGAAUCUACAGGUGAUUUCAAAUACGCUAAGGAUUUGAUCAAUUAUAUUCGUAAGAAGUAUGGUAAUCAUUUCAAUAUUGGUGUGGCAGGUUAUCCUGAAGGUCACCCUGAAGAAGAUAGUGAUGAUGAUCUCUUGAAGUAUUUAAAAGAAAAAUGUGAUGUUGGUGCUGAUUUUAUCAUAACUCAAAUGUUUUAUGACGUUGAAAUUUUUAUUAACUGGUGUUCAAGAUUAAGAAAGAUUGGUAUUAAUAUCCCAAUUAUCCCUGGUAUUAUGCCAAUUUCUACUUAUGCUUCAUUUGUUAGAAGAGCUAAAUGGUCUGAAAUUCACAUUCCUCAACAUUUCUUAGAUGCUUUAGAUCCAAUUAAAGAUGAUGAUUUCUUAGUUAGAGAAAAAGGUACCAUCUUAUUAAGUGAAAUGUGUAAAAAAUUAUUAGAUUCAGGUUAUGUAAAUCAUUUACAUUUCUAUACUAUGAAUUUAGAAAGAGCAACUAUUAUGAUCUUAGAACAAUUGAAUAUCAUUGAACCAGUUAAAUCUCACGAUAUUAUUGGUGGUGCCGAAUUACCAUGGAGAAAAUCAUUACAUCCUCAAAGAUCGAAAGAAUCUAUUCGUCCUAUCUUCUGGCAAAAUAGAAAAUUUUCUUAUAUCACUAGAACCGCUACUUGGGAUGAAUUUCCAAAUGGUAGAUGGGGUGAUUCCAGAUCUCCUGCUUUUGGUGACAUCGAUCUUUGUGCUACUGAACUUUUAAGACAAUCUCCAAAGAAAGCAUUAGACUUGUGGGGUAUUCCUCAAUCAUUAAAGGAAUUAUCAGAAUUGAUUAUUUCUUAUUUAAUGGGAGAUUUGAAAUCUUUGCCAUGGUCUGAUGGACCUAUUGGUGAAGAUACUGCUGUUUUAGUUGAAGGAUUAAUCAACUUGAAUAACAAAGGUUUCUUCUCCAUGAAUUCUCAACCAGCCUUAAAUGCUGUCAAGUCUAAUGAAAAGGUCUUUGGAUGGGGUCCAAAGAAUGGUUAUGUUUAUCAAAAACAAUACUUAGAAUUCUUUUGUCAUAAGGAUUUGAUUCCAAAGUUGUUGUAUAAGAUUGAUUCUUUCAACAACAAUGAAGGUGAAUCCUCUUCAAGUGUUAUUAGUUACUAUGCCGUCGAUAAAGAUGGUAAUUUAACUACUAAUUGUAAAGAUGACGAUAUCAAUGCUGUCACUUGGGGUGUUUUCCCAGGUGAAGAAAUUUUGCAACCAACUAUAGUUGAAAAGAUUUCCUUCUUAGCUUGGAAAGACGAAGUUUACAGAUUAUUCAGUGAAUGGGUUAACAUUUUACAAAGUAACUUAGUCGAAGCUGAUAAAGAAAAAGUUCAAAAUUUCACCAAAUUGAUUGAAGAAUUCACUAAUGAUUUCGUGUUAUGUAAUGUUGUUAACAAUGACUUUAUCGAUAAGAAUGAAACCAUUUUCAAUUUGAUUGAAGGUUUAAAUGUUCCUGAUUUAAACUAACCUUCAAGCUACAGUCCAGCUACCAUUUACUAAUGAUUUAGAGUCAUCUAUUUCUAAUUUUUUUUAUUCCUAUUCUAUUUUUUUCUAGUUUUUUGCUUACAUUUUUAUUGUUUUCCCAAUGCUUUAAUUCACUUACGCAGGUCAAAAAGAGAUCAACUCAAGGAGCACUCAACGUACUCCGUUAUUAAGAUUAACUUCAACAUUUAAUCUUAAUAUUAUCCCCGUUUUAAAAUGCGAUUACUCGUAUUUAAUAAUGAUUACGAUUUAUGAUCAAUAGUUACGGUUUUUAUUUUUCACAUAUUAUUUUGCAUAUCUUAUUUCUGAAAUAGUUACUUUCAGUAAUAAUCCCUUUAUUCAUUUCAACAA